UUCAUUAAAAUGGAGGGAGAGACAGUGAGCAGCUCAACUCACUCUGGUAACGAACAGUCCUUGACAGACAUUGAAUCUACAGUAGGAGAGCUGCAAACACUUCUGAACAGCAGGCGAACUUCUUUUUCUAAUCACGUGGAUGAAGUAUGGCCUAACCUUUUUUUAGGGGAUCUGGCAACUGCCAAUAACAGAUAUGAGUUGUGGAAGAUGGGAAUUACACAUAUUCUAAAUGCUGCUCAUGGCAAUAGAUUUUGCGAAGGCAACUCUGAUUUUUAUAGUGCAAGCAUUGCAUAUCAUGGGGUUCCUGCAUAUGAUGUGCCAGACUUUGAUAUGAGCAAAUAUUUUAACUCUGCCUCAGCAUUCAUCCACCAAGCGUUGAAUACCAGUGGAGCUAGGCUGCUUGUGCAUUGUGUUGUUGGAAUCAGCAGAUCUGCAACACUAGUCCUGGCUUACCUAAUGAUAUAUCACCAGAUGACUUUAACGCAAGCCAUUCAAAGAGUCCAAGAAAAUCGAUGGGUAUCCCCUAACCCUGGGUUUCUUCGUCAGCUAUUAAAACUGGAUGGAGAGCUAUGCAAGUCCAGACAUAAUCAAGGUGAAAACUUAUUACGAAAUGAAAAAGAUUUACUUACAUUGACAUGAUGAUUUAUUUUCUAAAAUAAGAGAAAAAAGUAAUAGCCUGAGAUGUUAAGCAUGUUACACAAACUAUAUACUUAUUUUUUGUAUGAUAUUCUACUAGCGCUUUAUAAAGAUUAUUAUCUAUAUUGCUCUAUAAAAUACUCAUAUUUCAUGCAUUAAAAUUCUGUUAUCAUGAAAAAUGGUACAAUGCUUACUUGGCCUGGUAAUUACAGUCCUGUAUGUCUGACAUCUGUUGUAGACUGUAAGCUCUUGCGAGCAGGGCCCUUUAAUCCUAUUGUUACUCUGUAUACCCUUAUUUGUUGAACUUUUUAAGAUUCCUGUUUGUUUACAUUUAUUGUGAAGCGCUGGCGUAAUUUGCUGGCACUAUAUAAAUAAAUGAUGAUGAUGGGCAAGCUAUUUGAAAGGUUUUUUUAAAGGUUCUAAUUUGAGAUUAUAGGGGCAUUAACUGUGCUCAAUUUUCUCUAUUUAAUCUUUUUUUUGCGCCAGAAUAAAAUUUUGUUGCUGAAAAAAGGCGAUUUUUUUUUUCGUGCUUUAUUAUGCAGCAAAAUCACAACAAAUCCGAAAGCAAAGAUGUGCCAUGUAAAACCUGUCAAGAUCAUGUAGAAGUCAAUGGCAGAUGUCUCUUUUACAACUGGAAGAUCUUCAAUGCUUCGUGGUUUUUUGGCGCUAUCAUUUGUACGACAGUAUGAAAAAGUUGCGUUUUUGUGCAACAAUAAGUCAUGGUUUUCGCAUUUUUUUCCCGCAUCUUUUUUAGUUCAUGCAUUUUCAAUAUGAAUCUUUUGAUAAACGACUGACAUUCAUGGACAUGCGUUUAGUCGUGGUUUCAAAAACUGUAAAACCACAAUCCGAAUGUUGAUAAAUGCCCCCCUAAAUGUAAUACUGUGUAAUAACUGUCUAUUACAUUAUGUAAUGGACAGUUAGAUCUAAGGUUACUAUUAGCCUGUUUCUUUGUACCACAGGGAUCUCCUUAUCUGAUAAACUGUAAUCCCCCCUCACUCCUCCCCCAUGGACCUCCUUCUAAUCCCACUGCGCAGUCUACCCUAGCUUCUCUAUAAUAUUCUAGCUCAUCCCCCUUGCAUAGUUAACUUCACAACUUACAUAAAUACUUAGGUCAAUCAUGGUUUUGAUUGAAUAAUUAAAGGCAAAGUACUGUUUUCCCACAUUUUUGGUGUCACUGUCUCAUUCUCUGUAUAGGAAACCUGUUUGCCUACCAUUAUAAAAGUUAAUCUUACCACAUCAGGUUCAUUUUCAACAUGCCUUGAUACUUUUUAGCAAACAAAUUCGGACACAGCUCACACAGCAAUGAAGUGGGAUGCUGGCAAGGCCUUUAUUAUGGGGACUUUUAAUUAAAGGAGAAAGAAAGCUCUAAUCACUGGGCGUUGCCCAAAUGUUAGGCACGUAAGUGAUUAUAAUCACUUGCCUGAUACCCCAGGCCAGUGCUCCUGCUAGCAGAAAACUGCACCGACCCGGGGGUUCAUGUGACCAAGAGAUCAUCUUCCUUUCAUCUUCUAUCUUUGGAAGCUUCCCACAUCAUGCAUUGAAGUGUCAAAGUCAGAAAGGGUUUUGCGCUGUAUAUGAUCGUUGGGAUACAAACAUUUUGUGACUAUUGGAUUGCCAUAUGCAAACAGACGUUUCAAUACGAAAAUUUCAGGAACUUUCGGAUC